UUCAAAACGUAUCUCUUCUUGGUCUGUUAAGGCUGCAGUCAAGCUGCAACAUUUUUAGUGUGUCAUAGAAAAAAUACAAUUUACACAAUAAUAUUUAGUUCGAAGCAGAUCAAAUCCCGCACUGAACUUCAUCUCUGCACUUGGUGAACUUCGCACAAGCCAAACCAGCGGGCUGUUCUGUCAUUGGUCUGCAGCGUUGGGAUCCUAACUUACUUUGUGACCUCCUUCACCCCCAUCCAACCCCCCUUACCGACCUGCGCCACGUCAUUAAUCUCUGUCAAUCAAUACUUCGAUCAGGUUUAUCACUAAGCGCAUAAAUGCAAAACCAUACAGUCCGUGGGAAAACAAAGUUUAUCUGUAAGGAACUCCUGUGUCCGGGAGCUGAUACUGACUGUAUUUUAAAACAUAUUCCACGUCAGGACGUCACCUGUCUGACUGUCACAUGUAAACAGGUACACUCGAGAUACACGCGCGCACGCGCCCGCAUACAAACGUCAUAGGCACUAUAUGAAAUAUUUGCAUCUUCUCAAAACUUAAUUAUAUGCAGGAUCAUUUAAAACUGUGAGAUAUCCGAUGUGAGACAUUGUGUUUUCACCAGCCGCGUUUUCCUCCCAGUGAGGAAGACUAUUACGGAACCUCUGCUCGUACCCGCCCCACAUUUUAAACACACGGAGGCGCGCUCCCAUGACUCUGACACGCGGCUCAGCCUGCUCUUAGUGGAAGCGCUGUUGGACCAGAGAUGAGAUACAGCCCUGGAGAGCUGACGUCCACAUGAAUGCAUAAAGCGCUACGGCGCCGCGGAGACUCUCGGUUCGGCACCUUCCUCGGAACAUCAGAACUUAUCUAUACUACACUGGAUUGAUCGGAGAAUUUUAAUCAAUGGAUUGGCAUUCAAACGGCUUGGUCAUUUUAUCGCUCCAGGAGGGCUAGGGGGUAAGAGAGAGCGCGCGUCCCUGAGUGAGCGUGAGAGACAGGAGCGAGAGGGAGAGACAGGGGGAGAGGGUGGGGAGGGUGGGACAGGGGAACAUAUAUCCUUUCAGCUAUGGAGCUCACCAUGGAGAACCUUCACAGCGUCUCCUCGCACUCCCAGGCAGGAGACCUCAUGAGCUCUCCGCACACGCGGCCGUCACCGUCCCCCAGCUCCACUCCCCGGAAUCUGGUCUCGCACGCUCCCGGCGCGCGGUCAGCCAUGGUCUCCGGCAUGGCCACGCUCCUGGAGGGCUCCGGCGGAGACUACCGGACAGACCCGUCUGCGCUGUCCGGACACCUGCACCCGUCCAUCAGCAUGUGCGAGAACGGGAUGAGCCUUAGCAACUCGUACACCACCCUGACCCCUCUGCAGCAUCUACCUCCGAUAUCCACCGUCUCGGAUAAGUUUCACCACCCGCACUCACACCACCAUGCUGCCGCCCAUCAACGCCUCUCUUCCGGGAACGUCAGCGGCAGCUUCACGCUUAUGCGGGACGACCACCGGGGCCUCGCCUCCAUGGGCAACCUGUACAGUCACUACCCCAAAGAGAUGUCCGUGUCCGGUAUGGGUCACGGUUCGCUCUCCCCGCUGUCCACCGGGCUGGGCUCUUUGCACAACUCCCAGCAGACGCUCUCAGCCUACGGUCCGAGCGCGCACCUCUCCGCCGACGCCAAGAUGCUCUCUCCGGUGUCAGGGUUUGAGUCCCACGCCUCCAUGCUGUCCCGAAGUGACCAAGAGCACCUGGCCAGGAGUUUAGGGGGGCAUGGCCACGGUAUGAUUUCCAACCUCAACGGUAUGCACCACCACCCGCACAGUCACCUCCACUCACAACCGAACGGCGCGGUAAUGCUGGGGGACCGAGAGAGACACGGCCACGGAGCCGGGCAGGGAGUAACAGGGUCCGGCGUCCAGGCGGAGGAAAUCAACACAAAGGAAGUGGCUCAGCGGAUUACUGCCGAGUUAAAGCGGUACUCCAUCCCGCAAGCCAUAUUCGCCCAGAGGAUCUUGAGCCGGUCGCAGGGAACCCUCUCAGACCUGCUACGGAACCCCAAACCCUGGAGUAAGCUCAAGUCAGGCCGGGAGACCUUCAGGAGGAUGUGGAAGUGGCUGCAGGAGCCAGAGUUUCAACGGAUGUCUGCUCUCCGGCUGGCCGCAUGUAAACGUAAGGAGGAGGACCGAGGACGAGACCGCAACCAGGUGCCAAAGAAGCAGCGACUGGUCUUCACCGACCUGCAGCGUCGCACCUUGGUAGCCAUCUUCAGAGAGAACCGCCGCCCCUCCAAGGAGAUGCAGAUCACCAUCUCCCAGCAGCUGGGCCUGGAGCUCUCCACCGUCUCCAACUUCUUCAUGAACUCACGCCGCCGCUGUACAGAUCGCUGGGACACAGAGGAGCACAGUCACGGGGUGCACGGCCACGUGCAUACUCCUCAUGGAAACAACAACGCCUCACCGAUCCAACCUGGUACCUCCUCUGUAGCCACUUUCUCUAAGGCCUGACGGUGGCAGGACGGAUGGUUUAACAGAUGCAUGGAGGCUGGAGGGGGGGAUGUUUGUCACUAAAGCAGUGGGCUCUAACUCUAAAUCCUGCAGAGCUACAGGGCGUGUAGCUUCAGACCACUCAUCUGAUUCAUCUGCUCAAAGUGCUGAUGACUUGUGCAGAUGAAUCAGAUCUUCUCAAUGCUCCAUGUGUUUUCUUUUAAUCUGAAUGUUACUCUUAUGGGUUAACAUGCAUUUCAAAGUGUGACUCUUCAGACCAAAGAUCCAGUAGCUUCAAGAGAGUUGCCCUCAAACAACCACACGUGGCUUUUAGUAAAUCCAUCUGAAAACCAAAGAAAAUCCAUAUACACUAAACCACACUGUGGGUCUGUGUUAAAGCCUUGAAAAGCGAGGAUUUUGCUUUAGAACCUCUGCUGGUUUGCCUGUUGUCAGGAUGUAAACACACCAAAGAAUCACUCAUGACAGGGAACCAAUAACUUUAAGACAGGAAACCAUGCAUGGCCGCAGGUUGGUUUUCACAAAUCAGCCAGAAAUCAGUCAGCAGAUGUGUCUGCUGGGCCGAUCGACCACUCCUCAUUUCAGUAACAGACACUGAGGCUGAUUGAGAGGUGCGUUUGUGUGUCAAGUGUCUGUGAAACGCUCUCGGCAGGCCCUUUGACCCGCUAACCACAUACCACCUUGCGGCUCUGCAUCACUGCAUGCGUGUGUGUCAUGCGUGUGCAUGUGUGUAAUGUUCACAUGCUGCGUGUGCUCCGGGGGGUGUAAUUCCUCUGCAGUGAUUCGGCCUGCUCCAUGUCAGAGUAACAGUGCCACCUGUCCAUUUAAACCACAUCUUUGAACAUGUUCUGAGCAUGUAGUUUCAGCCCAUAUCUCCAGCAGGCCCACAGUGGAGCCUGCAGUGUAGAUUUCUAUUAGGAUAAAGAUACCAAUACUCUAUAUAAGCAUAAGUGUAGCCCUCCAAACACCAAACAAACUGAGACAAAAUAAAAUGUGAUUACUCACAAACCCUUUGAUACAUAUUUGUUUGUUUCUUAAGUCUCGUUGUAUGGCGACAUGGCCAUAGACCGUGUAGCCACUUGAGAGGUUAUUUUCAGGUUACAAAAGGAGAACAAUCAAACAGGGAUGACACUCCCCACGUUAAAAAGUGUCGUGCCCGAUUGUAGGGAGUGAGGGGGGUCUGCUCUGUUCUAGUGGCCAAAUGCAGAGGUCAAAUGUCACAAUAUAGGAUCCUGAGUGCCAAUGAUGUUUGCCUCUUUAUGAUAAUCAGAGAACAGGUACAGCCCGCUCCGUUGCCAUGUUCCCCGCUGCGUCUGGCCUGUGUCAUUACAACCGUCAAACUGCGAGCACUACACGGGCACGUUGCCUAUUCCAUACCUCAGAAACACAUUGAUGUGAUCGACAUGAAACACAAUGAAAAUGACUGUAAAUAAUCUUUAAUUUCAUCUCUCUUUCUCUCUAUCUUAUCUAUUCUCUAUUUAUCUACUCUCGUGCUACUCCUCCCAUUGGGUCUUUCUUUCAUUUUCCCACUCCUUAACUAUUGAUGCGGGUAAUAAUAGUACCAUAGACACAUGGUUUCUCUCUUGUGACUAUUGUGCUAUGUAGUGCUGAAACUUAUGUAAAGAAGCACCUUGUCGACAAAAUGUAAAAACUUAAAGAUGAAAAAAAAGAAGAAUCAACAUGUCAUAGACUGAUCCUAUGCACAGACAAGGAAGAAAUACCACAAGUGAUGAACUGUGCAUAUUUGUGAAUACCUGUGUGAUGCGGACCUCUUCCUUGAUCUCUGAACUUUGAGCCCUUUGAACUGGAUUGUCACUGCAUUCCUCUGCUGAUGGUGUUUUUUGGUUACCAUGAGAACCGCCUCAUUUCUUUGUGUCUUUUUUAAAUAUUUUCUGUGGGCAAAGCCACUUGUGCAGCAUCUUUUAGCGGGAAAUAAUCAUAUCAGAGAGGAGACGUAAACAGGAGGAAGAAAGGUGCAGCAAGAGCAUCAGAGGCCCAUCAUCAGACUGGAAGGAAACAUUUAAGUGACAUUCCUCCAUAGUUUGGGUUCUGGUCGUUACGUAGUGCACUAUAACAGAUUCCCUGUUGGAGGCGUCAUUAAAGACUUCUUCUAGAGUCCAGAGGGAAAAACUGUAGGUUUCCAGUGCAGAUGUUUGAAGUUCAGAUCCAAUGCAGAGAGUUAGCGAUGGAAACAGUUGUGUGUGUGGCUACCUCACAGAAUAGAAUGGACUGUGACACAGUCAUCAAUACCAAAGAUACAUCAAGCCUGCCGUGUUCACACUGGACCUGGGAUGUGCACACACAUGCAAACACUACACACAUGCAGAUGCAGAUAUGCUUCUAAGCGCGCACACACACACACACACACACACACACUUCCACAGAGCAGUCGUGCCGCAUGGCAAACAAACAGAGGUGUUUGUUAUGUGGGAAGAGUUGAGUGCCUUUUUCCUUCAACCAGGGGGUUGGACUGCUCUGCACACACACACACACACACACAGACACACACACACAGUGUUUAAAGUGAAGGGGGGCACACACUGGUUGAAGGGGGAGCAACACAGGAGGGGUCCUCAUGACAUAAAAAAGCCACUUUUGUUCAUACUCAAAGAACAAUUUUUUUCCACACAAUGAGGGGAAAAGAUUGUUAACCGCCACCAUUUCGUUUUUUUGCAUAUGUUUUUACAUGCUGGUGAGAGUAAGUCCUCUCCACGAUACACACAUGCACACACACUCCCACCAGAGAUAUUUUUGUGUAAUUUGUAAUCCGAGUGUAGGUGUGUGCGUGUAUCUGACUGUUUACAAAGCCCUCUGAUCCCACUCUCUCAUUGGCUCACAUCUAAACUUAACCAGUGUAACAACCAACUGAUGAUCAGUCAGUACAGAAAUGAUUAGACCUCUCAUCUCUAAAAGAUACAUGAUGGCCGCCAGUGACCCCUGCCCAUCCAAACCCUCUUCGCUGGUCCCUCCGUCCAGGGUAGCAUCACAACAAGGCAGGCAUGUGUAGACAAUUCAUCUUGAUAUACCUCAAAUCUUUAUUGUAAAGCUUAAAGUAGUGAAACAAUAAUGACAAUGUUUAGCAAUGACAGUGACAUUAAAGUCACAGCAAAAUGAUUGUUACGUUUUUUAAAAUGUCUUUAAAGGAGCGUGUGCAGUGUAAGCCGUCUUAUGGUUUGACAUCUUUUGAGUUGGUUAAUUUAUUGUUUGUAGAUUUGCACGUUGUCCUUUUUGGAGUCAAGAGACUAAAAGGAGGAGUAAGAAAUGAGGAAGAAGAGGGCAUAGGGAAUGCAUGAACAGGUAGGAAAAGGACAUAAUAUGUGAUGAAGUAGCAGAAGGGGAGGAAGAAAUCAGUGACGAGAGACUAUGAAUACAAAGUAAGACGCAAGAAAAUUGUUGAAGAUCAAGGUAAAAAUGACACAGCAAGGACACAAAUUUCUGUUUUGCAUCACUUUUUGGCUUAUUUUGUGUUUGAAGAUUGUCUCCUAUGUGUGUUAAAGUGAUUCCCGUAUUCAAAAAAAAGAGAACCAACCAAAGCACCUCUGUCAUUAGGGUUGGGAUGAGCGAUUCUUUUAUGCAUGGAUACUAUAUAAGUGUAUAUAAACUGCAGGAUGAACUGUACCUCUAUAGGUGGAGGAGAGGGGGAGAAACAGGGAAAAAAAACAACUGGGUUUUGGUUUCCAACUAAUCUUUACAUUCUUUUUAGCUCUGUGUCUUUUAUGUGCUGUUUGUGUAUUUGUAUAAAAUGUGUAUGUUUGUACGUGUAUCGGCUUCAUCACUGUGUCUUACCUCCUGUUGUAACCCUUCCCUUUGUGUGGAAAUAGUCUCUACACUUCCAUGUCUGUAUCUCUAUCUACCCUUUGUUUCAUCACACAUGUGUGAGUGUGACUUUGUUUGUGAGUUUCUUUGUUUUGUGCCUGUAUUUCAGCUCAUCCGUAUUUAAUCUAAAUUCGAUCGGCCUGGAUGUUUGUCUGCUUUAGGAGCCGGCCGAAGCAUAAACAAACAGACAGCCAGGCAGCUGAAAUACGGUUUCUUGCAGUGCAUCAAAAUGGCGUCAUUUGCUUUUUUUCCUUCAGACAGACCUCAGAGCUCUGGAAGCCCCAGUGUUGAUGUUCUUUCCCUCUUCCCUUACCAAUCAAUCAAUCAGAACCAAGUGUCUUUGUGAUGGUAGAAGACAAUCAAUUUCAAAUAGAGCAGAGACAAAAAAAAAGAAGGAGGGAGAGAGAAAGAGAGUGAUGGAGGAGGGCAGAGAAACUGACUGGACAGGAGAGAUGGGAGGAAAGGAGGAAGGAUGGUUCUCAGGGAAAUCAGUGUAUGUGUGUGUGGUCACCUUUAACCUCUGCAGAGUGACCUUUAUGGUGGGGGCCGAAGCACCCAGGACCCUCCCCCGGCUAUGAUGGAGGUGGUUGUGGUGGUGGAGGGGUGAUCUGACUUGUUAAGUGGACACAUCCAAUCGAAGAUGUUGAUCAAAUGCCUGCGCAUAUAUGCACAGAGCACGCGCACAUAGACACACACAGACACACACACACACACAGUCAUCACCCAGAGAGCCCUUCUUCUGAUCUUCAUCUCUGAGUAACACAGUGAAUCUGUCAGUCACGUUGGUCUGCCUUCAGCCUGUGGAGGGAGACUCAAGUAAUAACUGGAACAAAUAAUACACCAAGUGAAAACCAGUAUGGGUAAAUUGUGUGUUUUGACUAAAACAAAUAAAGAAACAAACAAUUGGC